UGUUUGAGUGUAUAUCGUUCGGCCGGACUCUUUUUUACUCUUUGGUUUUCUUGCAAUUCGCGUUCAGUUAUAACCAACUCGGAAAUGGAUACAAGAAAAAUUGCUGACUUGUUGAGGGCGACCAUCGACCCGAGUCAGCAACAGCAGGCCGAAGAACAACUGACACAGGUCCACAAAAUCAUUGGAUUUGCUCCUUCCCUUCUUCAAGUUGUGAUGACUACGGACAUGGACAUGCCUGUUCGUCAAGCAGGUGUCAUUUACCUGAAGAACAUGGUAACACAAAACUGGCAAGAGAGAGAAGUGGAAGCAGGCCAGCCCCAGGUGUUUCAUAUUCAUGAACAAGAUAGAGCUAUGAUUCGUGAUGCGAUUGUUGAUGCUAUGGUCCAUGCGCCAGAUUUAGUUCGGGUACAACUUGGAGUCUGUGUUAAUCAUAUUGUACGGUAUGAUUUCCCUGGCAAAUGGACCCAGAUUGUUGACAAGAUAAGCAUUUAUCUUCAAAGUCCUGAUCCAAAUGGUUGGAUGGGAGCUCUUUUAAGUCUCUAUCAGCUUGUCAAGAACUUUGAAUACAAGAAAGUUGAAGAAAGAGCACCAUUAACAGAAGCUAUGAAUUUGCUUUUACCACAAGUCCAACAGCUACUUGUUCGCCUGCUACCUGAUCUUUCAGAACAAUCUGUGCUUCUCCAAAAGCAAAUACUGAAAAUCUUCUACGCCCUCACGCAGUAUUCCCUUCCCAUGGGGCUAUUAACGAAACCCAUCUUCACCCAGUGGAUGGAGCUGGCUCGUGCCAUAGCGGAUCGUCCGGUUCCCGAACAAACUUUAUCUGUAGAUGAAGAUGAAAGACCCGAACUACCAUGGUGGAAAUGCCGAAAAUGGGCCAUGCAUAUACUUGUUCGAGUUUUUGAGCGCUAUGGUAGUCCGGGUAAUGUCAGCAAAGAAUAUAAGGAGUUCGCUGAUUGGUUCCUCAAAACUUUUUCUGCCGGCAUCUUGGAGGUUAUGAUGCGGACGCUUGACCAGCAUAGACGCAAAGUGUAUGUCUCACCCCGCGUUCUACAACAAACUUUAAAUUACGUCAAUCAAGCAGUGGGUCAUGCAUUUUCUUGGAAAAUGUUAAAGCCUCAUUCGGCAGCCGUUAUCCAGGAAGUCCUCUUCCCCAUCAUGUGCUAUACGGAUGCAGAUGAAGAGUUAUGGCAAUGCGAUCCGCAUGAGUAUAUUCGGACGAAGUUCGACAUAUUUGAAGAUUAUGUCAGCCCGGUUAUGGCUGCCCAAACUUUGCUUCACACAAUCUGUAAGAAGAGGAAAGAUCAGCUUCAGAAAACGAUGGAAUUCCUUAUGCAGGUUCUAACUGCACCAAAUGCUGAUCCACGACAAAAAGACGGCGCGUUGCACAUGGUUGGAAGCCUCGCGGACAUUUUGUUGAAAAAACCGCUCUAUAAAAGCCAGAUGGAGCAGUUGCUUGCUCAGUUUGUGUUUCCCGAGUUUUCGAGCCCUCACGGUCACCUACGUGCACGAGCCUGCUGGGUCCUACAACAUUUCUGUAACAUAAAGUUUAACGAAGAAACCAUCCUUGCGGAGGCGAUAAAUUUGACCCAACGGGCAUUGUUGACGGAUUCAGAAUUACCUGUGAAGGUGGAAGCUGCUGUGGCUCUUCAGAUGCUGUUGAGUGGGCAAGAAGAGAAAGCAGAAAAAUACGUUGAACCUCAUAUUAGACCCAUUACCCUUGAACUCUUAAAUAUUAUACGAGAGACGGAAAAUGACGAAUUGACGACAGUUAUGCAGAAAAUCGUUUCCACUUAUACCGAGCAACUGAUGCCUGUAGCUGUGGAGAUCUGCCAGCAUUUAGUGACCACCUUCGGCCAAGUUAUUGGCCAUGACGAAGAGUCGGACGAGAGAGCCAUCACCGCUAUGGGGCUGCUCAACACAAUUGAAACUCUGAUUGCCGUUAUGGAGGAUCACGAAGAGGUUCUGGCCCAACUAGAACCUGUUGCUUUGCAGGUUGUUGGACUGAUUUUCACUCAGUCAGCCAUGGAAUUCUAUGAGGAAGCUCUUUCUUUAGUCUUCGAUCUUACAAGCAAAAAAAUCUCCCCAGAUCUAUGGAAAGUCUUGGAAAUGAUAUAUCAAGUGUUUGAGAAGGAUGCCUUUGAUUACUUUACCGACAUGAUGCCUGCCCUUCAUAAUUAUGUCACCGUCGACACAGAUGCUUUUGUUAGCAACGCAAACUAUUUGUUAGCUUUGUUCAACAUGUGCAAAGCUAUUUUAACUGGCGAUUCUGGAGAAGAUGCGGAGUGCCACGCCGCCAAGCUUUUAGAAGUUAUCCUGUUGCAGUGCAAAGGCCGAGUGGAUCAGUGUAUUCCUUCUUUCGUUGAACUUGUCUUGACCCGGUUAACCCGUGAAGUGAAAACAUCCGAACUAAGAACGAUGUGCCUGCAGGUGAUAAUCGCUGCAUUAUAUACGAGCCCUAAUCUCGUAUUAGAGACGCUUAAACGACUUCAGGCAGCAAUGGGUGAUUCAUCCCAAUCAUUAACGUCGCACUUUAUUCGCCAAUGGAUUCAUGAUACAGAUUGCUUUUUAGGUCUACAUGAUCGCAAGCUCUGCGUGUUGGGAAUGUGCACGCUUAUCACGGCCGCGCCAUCUCACCCUGGACUUGUAGAAGAGUGUGCACAGCAAAUUGUACCAUCGUUGCUAUUGCUUUUUGACGGGUUGAAGCGUGCGUAUGCAGCCAAGGCAGCCGAAGAAGAGGAAAACGGUGAUGAGGACGAUGAAGAUGAUGAAGAUUGCGAAGAAGUGCUCAGCUCCGACGAAGAUGAUAUCGACCAUGAUGGCCAAGAUUACUUGGAGCGUCUUCAGGAAAAAAUCACGAAAGCUUCGGGCCAAUCUCCAUUUCCCAUUACCACCGUUAUCAAAGACCUUCCUGGAGACGAGGAUGAGGAAGAUGGCGAGGAUGGUGACGAUGAAGAUGAUGACGAAGAAGAAACUGCUUUAGAAGGCUAUACUACUCCAUUAGAUGUAGAAAAUUGCGAAAUCGAUGAAUAUAUAAUUUUCAAGCAAGUACUUGAAGAAGUUCAAGGUACUAAUCCCGGGUGGUACAAUGCUUUGACUGGAGCUCUAACGAGCGAUCAGCAGAAAGCUCUGAAUGACGUGAUUGUUCUUGCUGAUCAACGACGUGCAGCCGCAGAAAGCAAAAGGAUUGAAGAAGCUGGAGGUUAUAGUUUCAACCAGCAAACGGUUCCCGCUUCCUUCAACUUCGGAGGAAACGGAUCAACCUCACCCUUUAGCAGAUGAAUGUUUCUUACUAAUGUUAUGGUAUACUUCCUUAUCAGUUAUGGUACUAUUUGGUAUAACCUUUCUCGUAUAACAUUUACCGAUAGCUGUGCUUUGACCUUUUCAUCCUUACCUGGUUUUCCUUUUGAAUCUUUCUAAUUAGGUUAAAUUGCCCAUUUGUUUUGUUUUUUGGUUGCCGUAACCUUUUUUGUGUAAGGAGGGAACUUUCUUAUGUUGUGCAUUUAGGCUUUGCUUGGAAGGUCAAUCUAACUGCUGACUAUGCGCUCUUUGUAGAAAGUAGAAAUAUUGGAAAAGUUCAAGACUUUCUAUUCUCAUCAGUAGCAAAGCCUAGUCAUCAUUCCCUUCCUUCUUCAGCUCGAAUCGCAAAUGGAUGAAAUGUUACGACGGAAAGAACGGUGAAGGAAUUCAAGAAAAGUAACAACUGAAAGAUGAAACUUAAUAAAAUUUAUGAUGGAACGCAAA